GGAGCCGCACCUUGCUCCCGACCGUCAUCAGUGAUCAGCAUGCAUCUGGCUCUAUGUAUUCUGGACAUACAGAUCGCCAUAUUCGACUUAUUGAGUGAGAAGCGAGACCUGCUCAGUGCGAUCCUCGUUUGCAAGGACUGGCAGGAUGUGGGCGAGACGCUGCUUUGGAAGGAACUGCCCAAUCUGAUCCCUCUGCUCAUGCUCAUGCCCAAGGAUGCAUGGCGGGUCAACAGAUUCCCGCAGUCUAUUGUGCUCCCUUACACUUUUGCCUUCACUCGGAAAAUCACCGAGGAUGACUGGUCGCAUGUGUAUCGACGCGCUCGUCUCGUCCGAAGCAUCACUUUCGAGCUGCUAUCGCACUCCCCGAGUCUCCUGAAGGAAGUGGCGCGCCGUCCUCCCAAGCGACCGCUCUUUUCGCAGAUCGACUGUCUCAACUUCCGUGGAACGCCUGGCGACCUACAUACUCGGCCAGUCCCCGAUGGGUUCAUGGACGUCUUUUACCACACCAACACAAUCGUGGAUCUGGAUUGUCAUAAGAUAUCGCCCUUCUGCUUACCUGACGCGCACAGGCUGCAUGCUGUCGGUGACGUUUGGAUCGUCUGGGUGCCGAAGCAUGGACCAGGACUCAGUGACGAGGCGGCAUGUCGCGCGCAUGCAAUCUCCGUCGUCGAUGCUUUCCUUGCGUGUCAGCCAGCCUCGCUGGUUUUGUCAUUCAUCAAAGUACCCUUCUCUACCACGCUCCUCCAGCGUCUUUACGGCUGCAAAUCUCUGUGCGAAUUGACCGUCGCUUACGAUAACGCCUAUGACGAUGCCCAACUCAGUGCGCCAUACCCUACAAAAGCGAGCCUACCAAAUCUACGCAGCUUGAAAGUUCGGGAGGCCGCGACCGCGACGUGCACCGCAGCUGCGAUCGCUGCAGCUUGCACCGCGCUCUCAGAGUUGGAGGUCGACUUUGGCGAUCAUGGGGACGACACUCACCUUCUGGACCUCGCAUCAACGAUCCACUCGCACCUCGAUGCAUCUAUGCUGCAGGUCGUCGCCAUCUCCUGGCAGGGUUGGGCGCUACAAAUGGCACACCUCGCACCGUUGACCGCGGCUGAGAACCUCGAAACGCUGUUACUGCUUGGGGGGCGGGCAUCGCAGAGCAUGCUCGCGGACGCGGACUAUGAGCGACUCUUCCCCCACUGGCCGCGGCUGCAGACGUUGUGCGUCGAGGCCGAGGAUGCCGUGGGCAGGUGCACGCUGGCCACGCUCGGCGUUCUGGCGCAGUGCUGUCACUAUAUAGAACGGAUCGACCUUCCUCUGGCGGAUGCGACGGCCCCUGCUCCUCAGCUCACCCAGAUCGGGCAACCACUGAGCUCUGUGGAGGUCAAUGAAGCUGCGGUACGACUCACAUUCAAUUUGGUGUCCGAGUCGGACCCGGAGACCUUGGCUACAUUUCUGUUGGGACUCUUUCCUCGACUGGAGCAAGUCGUAGCAGGGCGACAGGUUAGAGAUAUUGUUGAGAGACACCAGUGGUACCAAGUAGGGCAACGGAUCAAGGAGAUGCAGAUGCGGCAAAGUGCGAUGGAUGUGCAACACUAGGGACGUGAUGGCCACGCGCCGCAGUAGCACUUCAACUGGCUAUAUUGUACGAGCGAGGGCGUAUUUCUACACAUUGUAUCUCGUAUUUUGUAGACUCUGUAAACUGCUCUCAACGAUUUGACGAUUACCAUAAUGACGAUCCCUAUAGAGGGCCCUAGAGAGGACAAUACCCACCGGAAGGGCAUGGAUAAACUGCUCGAUGAGCUCGAUCGCGUGGCGGGUGAAUUAUGGUGGUAUGCUCGUGCAGGUCCCUGACAGUGGACUUUCGAAGUGGCGGCGUAGUCAUGUAAG